UACAAAGAGGUUAUACUCCAUUCCAUGGUUGUAUGGAUACAGUCAACUAACAUAUCGACGGGACACAUGUAGUUUAUUCCUUUGAAACAAAACGACAGGAUUAUAGGCCUACAGCUAAUUUUGUGAAAAUUACGUUGACAACAGAAUAUUCUAAUCCACUAAAACUAAUAGCAGACUACUGGAGAAGAGUCUGAGAAGAGUGUGGACUUUAUGGAAUCCUCCAAAGCAUGGAACCUCAAAACCACUAUCGAAAUAAUUAGAUAAAUUACAGGAAAUUGAUGAAGCUCUUGAUGAUGCGUCUGGUCCAGCAGAGAAGCGCGCAACCCUUGCGGUUUAUAAUGAUCUUGAUUCUAAUAGAUGUUUUAAUAGAUGUGACUCCGUUUACUGUUGGCUGCCCAGACCGCUGUGUGUGCAACGACCAGCUGGUGGUUCAGUGCGCUGAGCAAUACUUGACAGUGUUUCCCUCCAACAUCCCACUGCCCACAAGGAAGCUGAUCAUCUCAAACAACCGUUUGUUCGAGCUCCCACCGCUGAUGCUCUACUACUUGUCCGAUUUAGUUCAUUUGGACUGCAGCAAAAACUCUCUAACGUGGAUAUCCGAUGCCACAUUUGGGAAUCUACGCAAACUUGCAUACCUGGACAUCUCUUUCAACAACUUGAGCCGGAUAGAAAGCAGGACAUUCUUGCCGUUGGUGAGCCUUGUGAUGCUUAGGAUGACGGACAACUACGGCCUGUCCAUGAUUCACCCUCUCGCUUUCAAAGGCAAUGAGAAUCUUCAACUACUGGACGUAAGCCGAAAUAACUUGACGGUGCUCGACGUCAGCAUCCUUUCUAACUUACCUGACCUACGCUACAUCGCCAUCAGCGGAAACCCCUGGAACUGUAGAUGCGAUAACGAGGAACUAAGUAUCUGGGCCAACAAGGAGGGAUUCCGUUUCCCAGAUAAAGAACAGGCAUUCUGUAGAAGUCCACCUAGCAUGCAAGAGCAGCGUAUAGACCAAGUGAGUCUGCAGAUGAGGGCCGUCCAUAAACCUGGACAUACAUUCGGCUACCUGUACUUGAUUUCUUGCUUAAUGUUCCAAAUGUCCCAAACCGCGGUUAUAACGUUACUGGUCAUGCAUUUUGUCACGGAGCUGUCCAAAUGCUGCCACAAGCUUGACUCUGAGGACUGUGACGAUGACAGCAGUGAUGGUAGUUACCAGGACGACAGGGAAUUAAACUCCCUCCUGUCUGUGAAGUCCUCCUAAAAUGACCUGCGAGAAUAUUGGUAUUUUUGACAUU